AUGGAAGACGACGGGACACGACAAUCCUUGCUUAAGCUCGGGGCAAGCCAGCGAAAGCCGAGUUCUAGGACAGCAUGCGUCGCUUCCGGCAACGCUUCUGAGGAGUUUGCGGGUUCACGGCGGCGGGCCAAGGUGCGUGCCAAGCACUUGAUUGCGCUGACUUUUUGUCUGCUGUUUGUGGGCGUCACUGCGUGGUGCGAGCUUCGUUUCGCGCUUCUUCAAUACGUGAUCAACGGGGGCUACCCCGAGGACACCGCGCCGGUAACCGAUAAGAACCCACGAUAUCACAUACAGAUGAGCCUUCAACGACAACUGGGAAACUUUUGUACCUUUUUAGAUCUUUACUACGGGCGCUGCGACGGUGACUACGACUGCUACGCGAAGCUGCUACCGCGGCGUCGAAGAGUGUGGUAUCGAGGGCGCCUUCGCCCAGUGUUUGAGCGGCCUGUAACCGUAUCGCCGCUUCCGCGAGGCAGCCGUCUUGACCCGGCGUACUGCCUAACCUCGAACAGUCUGAUGCCGCUGUCCGCAGAGCAGAUAGAGCGGGUGCGGCUCGCGCGGAACUGCCCAGUGCGGCCGCGGUACCUCUGGUUUGUGUACAUCGUUCGCGACGAGGCGAGACUGCUUGUCCAAAACAUCCUGCAUCAUCUUGGGCAGGGUGUCGAGCAUUUCCUCGUGUACGACAACGAAUCGAGCGAUAACCUCUCCAACGCGUUGGAACCAUUUCAAAAGCUCGGUCUGGUGAGCCUCUACAAUAUUUCAGGCCAGGGAGUGCAGCUGCGCGCCUACGACGAUGCGCUCAGCAGGGCGCGACGUGCAGGCGUGUCCUGGCUCGGAGCUAUCGAUGCCGAUGAGUUUUUCAUUUCGACGCGUGCGCCCUGCAUACCGAGCGUACUCGAGAAGCUGCAGCGUGAGAAAAAUGCGACAAUGGCUGCGCUUGCGGUCAACUGGCGAUUCCCAGGGCGGUAUCCAAAGCUCUUGAAUGCAACAACAUUUCCUGCGGAGAGCGCGGUUUUUUCCAUCGGGAGCCCAAACAAGCACGUCAAGUCCAUCGUCUACGCGCCCCGCACGAGGUUCUUUAGGUCGCCUCACCAUGCGCGUUAUGACCCUGGAAUGAAAGCGCUCAGCGUGUCCGGCGAGGUAGUAGAGGGCCCGUUCCAGGAGCCUCCCAGCGCCGAGAACACGGCACUCUUUCACUUCCACUCCAAAAAUGUGAAUGAGUGGAUACAAAAACGGAUCCGAGGUCGCGCCGAUGUUUCCUGGGCUUUCAUGAAGACGCAGCCCGAAAUAUUUUUCAAUGAUGAUCUCGUCUCGUUUUUCACAGAAUGGCUGGGAUACACGAAGGCCACCGGGCCGAAAGGCCAUCCGCUGGCAUUGGCCCUGCGGAACCACACCAUAGCGCUAAAACGGGCCAUUUGGGGCUGGUGA